AUGCUGCAUACAAAAAGUGAAGCAGAUUAUUCAUCUGAAAUACCAUCAGAGAUUGCGUAUCUUGGCGAAUUGACCAUCUCACGUAGGACACAUACUGGUGUAAAUGAUGGCUACCCUGAUGCUGUUUACAUGAUGUCAGCUAACAUAUUUCAGAACAUACAUAAUGAGAAACCUCUUUCUAGGAGGCUUGUACACUAUGGCAAUGAUUUAAAGUCACCUAUUCUAGAAAUCAAAGAUGACAAACUCCAGCGCUCAGUGUACGACCUAGCCUUCAAUGCUUUGAAGUACCAAGAUAUCUUAGAAGAAAUAUUGAUUAACAGUUGUUUUUAUCCAUCUCAGCCAGUUUCUGUUGAUUUGACGAGUCUGGUGCUUAUUAUGCUGUAUGAUUACCAAAAUCGUAAAUUCCAGCCACGAAACAUCUCUGAAGCAGAGGCUGUAAUACCUGAAGUUAGAGAAGUAGAGAAGUGCCUUUGGAAUUUUAAAACAAAGCUUGCUGCUGCACUUGCUCGGUGUCGGAUUAAAAAUGAUGCCAUCUCCAUUGACUUAAUUCUUCCUGAAUCCGUGAGAAAUCAAGAAAAACGAGCUUCUUCUUUGCCACUGUAUGCCUGGGUGAAUGUAUUAAAGACCAGUGUUGAAGAUGUUACUGCUUCAUUGGAGAGUCAAGGCUUUACCAAGGUGAAAUGUGCUGGUGAUCUUGAGGGACUGUCUUUUUGUGAGGAUCGACAUUGUCAAGAUUUGCUACUUUUUCCAACUCAGCUAACAUCAAAGCUUUAUGACAUGGAACUUGUUACCAGUUACAAGAUGAUCGUCCAGGAUAAAGGUCGAAGCCUCGCACCACAUUCUGUAAAGGUCUUAAUGAACAUGGAUGAUGAUAUUGUUGUUACGAAUGCAGGCUCACGGCUGACUAUUGCCCAUAUGUCUACUCUAAUUAAUCAGAACUCAUCAAAAGUCUAUGUUUGUGGGGUGAAGACAGAAUUGGAACAAAGUGAACUACGGGACCUGUUUCAAAAAAUGGGCUGUAAAAACAUAAAGCUGAUACCCCAGAGAUUCACUGAUAUUGAGCCUAUAGAUCCACGUUUACAAAAGGUCAAAGUUAUUCUGAUUGUACCUCAGUGUUCAGCAUCAGGCGUCAGCAAUCCAGUGGAGUUUAUCUUAAAUGAACGUGGAGAUACAACUCUACUGCAGGAACUUUCUCAGGGAAAAGUAUCAGAACAGAAACUCAAAUCACUGGCUCAAAAACAAGCUGAGGAGCUGAUGCAUGCCAUUCGAUUUCCUAAGGUCCAGGCCAUUGUUUAUUCUACGUGCUCAAUUUACCCUGAGGAAAAUGAAGAAGUAGUGAAACCAGUAUUGGGAAAGAAACUAGAAGGAAGCAAAGUACAACCUUACAGGCUCAGUGCCCCUGUUAUUCCUUUGUGUUGUCCAGCAGAAAUAACUUGUGCUUCAGAUAAAUUCCUGAAGAUUGAACCAUCAGAACAAGUCAAUGGCUGUUUCAUUGCUGUAUUAACUCGAGAGCGAGACCCAUCAGGUGCAGUGUCCGUAAAGGAUGUCUUGGCUCGAGCAGCAGCAAAGGGAUUACUGGAAGGAGUUGAGACAGUCAAAACUCGAAAAAAAGAAGAAAAGAGAAAGAAAAGCAAAGUCUUUACACCAAAAAUUGGGUCUUUCAGUGGAACCCAGUCAAGGAUCACUGAAUUCUUAAAUGAACAGAAAUCAGUUCUAAAUAAUGCAAGCUCCCCAGCGAACCAGACAUUAUCCAGAACUAUGACCAGUGGAAGUGGAUCUAAUACCAAGUUACCCCAAAGAAUAUCCAUUCCUGCAUUACCUAAUAAAGUGAAAAGAAAUAUUAGUAAUGUAUCUUCAAUAGGAAGGUCGUCAAGUAGAAAAACAAGCUUGUCUGGAUCAAAACAAGAGUUGAAGUUGGUGUUAAAGCCGGUUGAGAUGUUGCUUCCUCCAGUCACAAUACGAUAUCUCAGUUCACCUAGGGUUCCAAACAGUGGUAACAAUCGACCUUACCUCUUCCAGUAUCAUGGACUAACUAGUCAACCACCGUUCCCAUAUUCACACAACUCAUUUGUGACCUCACUUGGUGUGAAAAAGCAACGAGAUCAAGGUAUGUCCAUCUCCCGUAGGCAGCCACGCCCUUGGCUCUAA